CCCAUAGAUACUUAAUUAUUCUUGCACAGGCUAUAAUAAAUGGAAUGCCAGAGGAACAUAUCAGAAUUCUUUCUCCUGGGUCUGUCUCCUAAGCAGAACAUACGAGUGUUCUGCUUCAUGUUCUUCUCAUUCUGUUACCUUGCCAUCUUGUGUGGGAAUCUGCUGAUCCUUAUCUCAAUUGGAGGCAGUUCUCUGCUCAACCAACCAAUGUACUAUUUCCUCAGCCACCUAUCUUUUAUGGACAUCUGCUAUACCACGUUUGUGACACCCAAACUGCUUGGGGAUCUGCUUGUGCAAAGAAAAAGCAUCUCCUAUGAAAGCUGCAUGCUUCAGGUCUUUGCUAUGCACUUCUUUGGCCUUAUUGAAGUCUUAAUCCUGACAGCUAUGGCCUUUGACCGCUAUGUGGCCAUCUGCAAACCUCUCCACUACAUGGUAAUCAUGAGCAGAACCAGGUGCCAUGUCCUGAUCUGGGCUUCCUGGGUUGGUGGAGCUGCCCACUCCUUUUCCCAGGUUUUUAUGCUAAUAUGUUUGCCUUUCUGUGGCCCCAAUGAAAUUGAUCACUACUACUGUGAUGUUUUCCCUUUGCUUAAACUUGCCUGUACUGAUACUUACAUCACUGGUGUCCUCAUGGUUGCCAACUCAGGAAUUAUUGCCUUGGUAACCUUUGUUCUCCUGUUUGGUUCAUAUGUGGUUAUACUGUUUACAUUAAGGAAUCACUCAGCAGAAGGAAGACGCAAAGCUCUUUCUACCUGUGGGUCACACAUCACUGUGGUUAUUUUAUUCUUUGGCCCUUCCAUCUUUGCCUACCUUAGACCUCCUACUACUUUCCCUGAGGACAAAAUCUUUGCGCUGUUUUACACCAUUAUUGCUCCUAUGUUCAACCCCGUCAUCUAUACUCUAAGAAAUACUGAGAUGAAGAACGCUAUGAAAAAGGUUUGGUGUCAAUAG